UUUUAACUUGUAUAACACUGAAAAUGAGGUAGUAUUACUAAUAACUUGUAAAGCGUCGUUGAAAGGGUUCAAUCCAACUUCAAUACACAGAUAUGUUUUGGAACGAGCUAUUUUGGAUUGGGAGGGCACUAGUUCUUCUGCAGUUGAUUCCAGGAAUUCUAGGUUGGGGAAAGCAAGGACACUUCGCGGUUUGUAAAAUUGCUGAGGGAUAUCUUACUGAAGAUGCUUUGGCUGCAGUGAAAUUACUGCUUCCAGAUGCUGGUGGUGACCUUGCUUCUGUGUGCUCCUGGGCUGAUGAGGUUAAGUUCCACUUGCGCUGGAGUGGACCCUUACACUAUGUUGACACACCUGAUUUCAGGUGUAAGUAUGAUUACUGCCGAGACUGUCAUGACACCCAUGGCCAUGAAAAUAUGUGUGUAACAGGAGCCAUUUACAACUAUACAAUGCAGCUUUUGUCAGCUUACAAUGAUUCCAAUUCUCAAAUGAAAUACAAUUUGACAGAGGCACUUAUGUUCCUGUCACAUUUUAUUGGAGAUGUUCAUCAGCCACUGCAUGUUGGUUUCCUUGGAGAUUUAGGUGGGAACACAAUAGUAAUUCGUUGGUAUCGGAGGAAGACUAAUCUGCAUCAUGUGUGGGAUAAUAUGAUCAUUGAAUCUGCCCUCAAGACAUUCUAUGGUUCAGAUCUUGCAAUCAUGAUACAAGCUAUCCAACGGAAUAUAACUGAUAGUUGGUUCAAUGAAAUCUCAUCAUGGAAAAGUUGCACAUCUGAUCGCACAGUUUGUCCAGACCCGUAUGCUUCUGAAAGCGUUCAUUUGGCCUGUAAGUUUGCCUACAGAAAUGCCACAACAGGAAGUACUCUUGGAGAUGAUUAUUUCCUCUCUCGGCUGCCUGUUGUGGAGAAGAGACUAGCACAAGCCGGUGUUCGUUUGGCUGCCCUACUCAACCGUAUCUUUGUUUCACAGACUUUAAUUGCACAAGAAUGAAGGAUGGAUAAGCAAUUGAAGUUUAUCAGAUAAGUGUGGGAGUAUGAGACCACCCGCCACACCAUCAUGUCUGUACUUAAAAUUCCCCACACGUCAGGAUCUCUCAUCUACCACAUUAACUAUUCAUUCUCGUUCAAGUCAACUUUUGAAGAAAAAACAGAAAAUGUACUUUAUGGUUAUCUCCAAACCCUGUUCUUUUUAAUUGAUGGAUGGCCUACCCUUGUGGAAUAUGCCAAUCUUGCUUGUGGCAAUAGACAACUUUAGGGGCACUCAAAAAUGGAAAUAUGUUGAACUUGCACUCAAUGGCAACGUUUUAGUUGUAUAUAUAGAAUAAGCAUUGUCAUGGUGGCUCA